AUGCCGCGGCGUCGAUCGCCAUCGAGGUCUGACUCCAGGCGACGGUCUCCACCACGGAAAUCACGAAAGGAGAGCAGAAGUAGGUCACGAAGAGGAGGGCGAGGAGGCGAGGCCAAGGCUGAAGAGAAGUUGGGGCCGCCUUUGCCCGAGUGGGGCACCAUCGGCAUCAUCCAGGAGCUGAAAGCCGCGGGCAUUGGCUUCAUCCGGCCACACUCAGGGAAGGUGGAUGACAAAGACCUCUUCUUCCACAAGUCUGCGCUGAAAAACAGCAGUUUUGACGCCCUCCAAAUCGGCGAUGAGUGCACCUACGAGGCAGUCCUUGAUGAGGCCAAGGGCAAAGCUGCUGCAAAAAACAUCGUCCUGAAGAACGGAGGCAUGCCCCCCAGGCGCGGUGGGGGAGGCGGUGGCGGUGGUGGCAGGGAUGAUUCCAGGGACCGACGCCGGAGAUGA